GUGAUUUUUCCCGAGUUUCAUUUCAAAGUCACGAACCAAAUCACAAAUUCAUUUCAAAUUUUGAAAAUUUGAAAAGCCCGUUUGGCUCUAACAGAGUCUGUUAGGGUAAGCAAUCCCUUUUAUUUAUUUUUAUUGGCCUAACUAACUGAAACGAGGUCAUUUUGGCUUUGCUUAUUCCUUGGCGAAGUGGCUAUUGCUGGACCUCUUGUUUCGUAAUGUGAGAGGACCGCUCCUAAACGGUUCUUGUGAUGACUGUUUGUGCCCCUUAUCCGAAAAACUUUCCAUUGGUCCAUAGCGAUGGACAGCACCACCUACUGCGCUAUAUUAAAUUUUAAUGUCGUGUUUUCUGCUACAAGUGCUACGCAAAGGUUGUGGAACCUCCAAACAGUGCAUACUCAAAUUUCUUGGUUACAGCAAUUGAUGGAAACUCACAGAGCUCAUUGCCUGCUAUUGCCAUAUCCCGUCCAAGGUCACUUAAACCCAAUGCUCCAAUUUGCUAAGCGUUUGCAACAUGAGGGCGUCAAAAUCACGUUUGCUAUAACCAAGUUCUUGUUUGAAACCGUGGAUGAAGUCUCAGCUUCUAUCUCAGUGGAGACCAUCUCUGAUGGAUAUGAUGAGGGUGCAAAUGGAAUUGCAAUGGAAAUAUACUUUCCUAGGUUUCAAAAGGUUGGCUCAGAAACUCUGACUGAGCUAGUCUUGAAGCUUCAAGAUUCGGGCCGUCCUGUUGAUUGUAUCAUUUAUGAUGCAUUCUUGCCUUGGUGUCUAGAUGUAGCCAAGGAUCUUGGCGUACGUGCGGGUGUGUUCUUCACUCAAUCCUGUGCUGUCAAUAACAUCUACAACCAUGUCCACAAAGGACUUUUGAAGCUUCCUCUAGAGGAGAGUGGAGUGGACAUUCCCGGUUUGCCACCAUUAUUAGCUUCAGAUCUGCCCUCUUUUGUGUCUAAUCCUGGUCUAUAUCCAGCAAGUGCACAGAUGUUUGUACAUGACCAAAUCGAAAAUUUUGAAGAAGCUGACUGGAUCUUUUUCAACACAUUUUACGGGUUGGAGGAAGAGGUGAUUCACUGGAUGGCAAAAAUCCUACCGGUAAAGACAAUUGGACCAACUAUUCCAUCCAUGUACUUAGAAAAGCGCCUUGAAGAUGACAAGCAGUAUUGUCUCAAUCUUUUUAAGCCAAUGACUAAUGCUUGCAUGUCAUGGCUAAAUGAAAGGUCAAUCAGUUCAGUUGUUUAUGUAUCAUUUGGAAGUUUGGCAGAACUUGAAGUUAAGCAGAUGGAAGAAUUAGCAUGGGGCUUGAGAGCUAGCAGCUAUUAUUUUCUCUGGGUGGUUAGAGAAUCAGAGUCAAAGAAGCUGCCAAAAGACUUUGUUAAAGAAACAUUUGGCAAAGGACUAAUAAUCUCAUGGUGUCCUCAGCUUGACGUUUUAGCCCACAAAUCUAUAGGGUGCUUUAUAACUCAUUGUGGGUGGAAUUCAACAUUGGAGGCCUUAAGUUUGGGAGUCCCGAUGAUAGCAAUGCCACAAUGGACAGAUCAAAGCACAAAUGCCAAGUUUGUAAUGGACGUUUGGAAAAUGGGAAUCAAAGCUGGGCCAGAUGAAGCUGGAAUUGUCAGAAGAGAUGCGAUUAGUCAAUGCAUAAAGCUAGUGAUGGACGGGAAGAAAGGACAAGAGAUUAGUAAGCAUGCAAAAAAGUGGAAGGAUUUAGCACGACAGGCUUUUGAUGAAGGGGGAAGUUCAGACAAAAAUAUUAAAGACUUUGUCUCCAAAUUGAUUCAAUCUUGGAGAGAUUGAAACAGUGUAUUUUCUCUUCUUUUGGAUGGUGCUUUUUUGAAAGUUUGUAAUAAACUUUACUUCGCUUAUUGUAGAAUUUAUA